AUGGGGAGCAUAGCCGAUAACCUGGGCUUAGGAGAGCCCAGAGUCUCUGCUCUUGAGCAGUCAUGUCCGCCAUAUUGGAAUCGCAGCCUCUACUGCUUUAAGCUCCCAUCUGAUUACAAGAAAGAGGAGAUUACAGGCAUUCUCCGUGAAGGUCUCAAAGCGACCUUUUCAGAUCUGCCUGUCUUGACAGGGCAACUGGUACCGGUCGAUGAUGAGAAGCAGCCAGGGAAGAAAGAUGUCGUUCCAGGAGGCAAUGAGGAGCUCUUCGUCAAGGAUCUUACAUCAUCGUCCUUGGACUACGACAAUCUCAAAGCUAAUCGGUUUCCACUCUCAACAUUUGACGAUGAAACUUUCUGGGCGACUCCUUGUAUGCCAGCUCCGGGAGAGAAGUGCCCAGUCUUUGCGGCGCAAGCCAACUUCAUUAAAGGGGGCUGGCUGCUCGGGAUAUCCUUUUGGCAUUUGAUCAUGGAUGGUACUGCACUGGCGACAGCUCUACGAGUACUAGCACAGAAUUGCCUGCUCGUCCAGAAUCCUAGUAGUCAGAGUCAAGCCGGUUCUAAGCUUUCUGGCGACAUCUACAACAAAUUGAGGCUGCACAAGAGCGGUCCAGAAUACAGAGGCCUACUCUCAGACCAUCCCGAAUAUGUUUUCCUCCCCGAGCUACCAACGGGCCCACCGCCAUUUGCGACAAUUCCUCUCAAGGUGGAAGUCUUUCACAUCUCUCCUGCUUCUCUUAAAGCUCUAAAAGCGGCCGCUACACCGGUCGUUGAGACGGAGACUCAUGCAAAGGAGCCCAUGUGGGUGUCCACCAACGACGCUGUAAGCGCUCUCAUCUGGCGAUCGCUCAUGGUAGUCACCUACGAAGGGACUGAAUACAAAGACGAACCAUUGUCCUGCUGCCAAGUCGCUGUGAACGGCCGCCCGAAGAUGGAGCCCCCUCUGCCUCCCGACUACUUCGGUUGUGCUUUGAGCUUUGCCACGAACUACCUCCCAAUCAGCAGUAUCUUAGUUCCUGGUAGCCUUUCAACAAUGGCACUUAUGAUCCGCCAAUCAAUCAUGAAAGUCACAGCACCCUACAUUGACUCCCUCAUAGCAACGAUUCAUAAUGUCCCCGAUUAUCGGCGAUUUGUUCCUCGUAGUUUUGUCGAUUUACUGGGCCGUGAUACUGUCCAGACCUCUUGGUCUGCGUUUCCGCUCUAUGCUUGUGACUGGGGACAAGCACUGGGAGGGAAGUGCGAGAGAGUCAGGGCGCCAAAGCUGGGUAUGUUCAAUGGGCUGCAGACUAUCCUACCCGCACUGCCUGAGAGUCAGGGAGGUGGCUUUGAAGUCAUGAUUGGGUUAGAGCCCCACGUGAUGGAGAAGUUGAAGACGGAUCCAGUGUGGAGCGAAUAUUGCAAGCCCAUCGAAAAUUGA